GUAUGCAUAUGUAUUUGUUUAUAUAUGUGUGAGUUUGUAACUACUGCCGCCAAAAGCUGUAAGCUGAAGUUUACCUGGAGGCUACGAAUACUAAAUAAUAUAUAAACAUUUUUUCGUGAAAAAUUAUUCAUCUUAAUCCAUUACUAAAAGUUUGUUUUAUUGCUAACGUGCCGAAGUCGCCAUUUUAGUAAUACAUUCAGAUUGCAAUAACUUCUGCUUUUACGUUGUUUAUUUGCAAGUACUACUGAAAUACAAGGAUAGCUUUUAGGAUUUUAUUUACUUUUUAACAUCGACGAUGACUCAGCAAAAUAAAACAAUGAAUUUUUUAAUUCAUGAUGCAAAUGGUCAUCCCCAAGUAAUUAAAGUUGUGCAGAGUACUCCGAAUAAGCCACUGAGUAAUUUUGUUGGGACGGCAAAUACCGGAGGUCUCAAAGUGUUCAAGACACCUGGACAAGAAUCACGUGUAUUGUCUUCAGGAACUCAAGUUUUACGAACUAUUAGUUUACAGAGUCCACAAACAGCAGGUCAACGUCUUGUCACCAUACCAUUGCAGAAUGCAAAAGUCUCAUCUGUUAAGCCAGGCGAUUCAGUGAUGACAAAAACUAUACAGCUCACUUCAGCUCAAAUGAGUGACAUUAAGCAUGCAAUUGCAUCUCAACAGCAGCAACAAAGUAACCAACAACAGGUUGUUAAGGAUUCAUCAGGAAAAACGUUUAUAAGCCCUAUUUUGGACCACAGUGGAACAAGAAAACGACACGACAUAGAUAGUGCAGACUACAUACCAGAUAAAAGGCGAAAAACAGAAAAAGUUGGAAAAGGUUUAAGGCACUUUUCGAUGAAAGUGUGUGAAAAAGUAAAGAAAAAGGGAACUACGUCUUACAAUGAGGUGGCAGAUGAAUUGGUAGGAGAAUUCACUAAUCCUGCUCACGUAAAUUCCUUAACCGAUCAGCAAUAUGAUCAAAAAAAUAUCAGAAGGAGGGUCUAUGAUGCUUUAAAUGUAUUAAUGGCUAUGAAUAUUAUUUCUAAAGAAAAGAAAGAAAUAAGGUGGUUGGGAUUACCCACAAAUUCACUGCAGGAAUGUGUGUCCUUAGAAAAAGAUAAAAAGAAGAAAAUUGAACGAAUUAAGGCUAAAACUCAACAGUUGCAUCAACUUAUUCUGCAACAUAUUUCUUUUAAAAAUCUUGUUAAAAGAAAUCGUUUACAACAGGAUCUUAAUGGACCUCCUAAACCCAAUUCUGCUAUUCAGUUGCCAUUUAUUAUAGUAAACACAAGUAAAAAAACAGUGAUAGAUUGCUGCAUCAAUGAUGAAAAAACUGAGUACCUGUUUAACUUUAACGAUAAGUUUGAAAUUCAUGAUGACAUUGAAGUUCUCAAACGAAUGGGCUUAGCUUUUGGUUUAGAUAAAGGAGAGUGUUCACCUGAAAAUAUUCAAAAUGCUAAAUCAAUGGUUCCUAAAUCUUUAGAAAAAUAUGUCGAACAAAUGGCAUGUGGAGAUCUAGAUCAAUUUAUUCCUGUGACAAUCCCCGGACCAAGCACAUCAAUUGAUGAUCUCGAAAUUAAAUUAGAAGGCGCUUCUCGGCCACCUUCAUCCUCUCAAACAUCAAUAUCUGAAGAUCCUUUAUCACCUCCAUCUCAUUAUUAUUCAGAAGAAGAAGAUGAAGAAGAUGAGAGUGAACAAGAUGAACAAGCUGACAGUGAUCUUGAAAUUAACUAGCACCUCAAUCGAUCUUUGUAACAAUUAAUUAUGAUUCUUCUUACUUCGUAUUCCAAACUUUUAUUUUAAGAAAUAUUAAAUUGAACAUCUUAAUAUUUUACGUUGUUAGUGAAUCGGAUUUGUUUAAAAUACACAAAUAAAUGAGAACAAAAACUCUUAUUUUAAAACUA